AUGACCACCCCGCCACCAUACACUGUCGCCGCCGCCGCCGUCGCCGCUCCUAGGCCUGGCCCAGCAAAUCCUAAAGCUCCUGCAGGAGAAGCUUCUACCACCCCUGCAGAGCCCGAACCUAGAGCAUCAAGCCUCUACGAUAUAACGGCUGCAACACAACGUCGCGUAGUAGAGGAUGUGGUGGACAAGAUGCGGAGGCAGAUGGUGAAAGAGUUAGGGGGUAUGGAGAGGCGGCUAGUUGCUAGAGUGGAGGCGCAGGAACGGAUGUUAAAGGAGGGGAGGGGGAAGGAAGUGAUGGAUGAAGAUUGA